GAUGCAGUGUCAGCCGUGGUGCGUAUUACAUGGGAUGCGUUAUCGGUCGGUGUUCUCUCGGUCCCUUCUGUUCCCGCUUCGAUUCUGGUCUACAAGACAGCCUGGAAAUGUUUUCACAGCGCGAGACUCCAAGUACGACAUCAAUGAUCAAUCACGGUUGUUCUUCCAUGGUAAUUCCUCGAUUUCUGCAGCACCUCUUGCCGAGAAUGAGCUCAGUUGAGCCCAUGCAAGUUGACGCUGCACCAGAUGAGAGCGAAGCAACUGAAGAAGAUUCUUAUUCCGUAGAAAACCCUUCAUUGGAUUUAGAAGUCUACUCCAAUAGCUACACGGGUCUCGCCCGACUGUAUCGCCUGCUCUACAUCGCGGAUCACUGUCCGCUGCUGCGCGUCGAAGCCCUCCGUACGGCUCUGGGCCACGUUCAGGGCACGUACAACGUUGCAAAGUACCAGGAGAUCCACAAAAAGCUCAUUGAAGCUGUAGGAGCGUCCAAUUUGCCAGACGUCACAGGAGGAGCCAAUCCUGUGGUUGCGCCGCUCGACACCCAGUGGAUCGAAACCAAAAACAAGAAGGCUGCCCUGAAGCUCGAAAAGCUCGACACUGACCUUAAAAACUACAAGAGCAACUCAAUCAAGGAAAGCAUUAGGAGGGGCCAUGACGAUCUUGGCGACCAUUACCUCGACUGUGGGGAUCUUAACAAUGCACUCAAGUGUUUCUCGAGGGCGAGGGACUAUUGUACCAGUUCCAGGCACGUUGUUAACAUGUGUCUCAAUGUGAUAAAGGUGAGCAUAUAUCUCCAGAACUGGUCCCACGUCUUAACCUACGUCAACAAGGCUGAACAAACUCCCGAAUUUGUGGAGGGCCAUGCCAAAGAAGCCCACCAGCACAUCCUGACAAAGUUACGGUGCGCCGCUGGUCUGGCGGAGUUAGCCACAAAGAAGUACAAGUCGGCUGCUAAGAACUUCCUGCAGGCCAGCUUUGACCACUGUGACUUCCCAGAUAUGUUAUCACCCAACAACGUUGCCAUGUAUGGUGGCCUCUGUGCGCUAGCGUCAUUUGAUCGUCAGGAACUUCUGCGCAACGUGAUUUCAAGCAGUUCGUUCAAGCUGUUUUUGGAGCUUGAGCCGCAGCUAAGGGACAUCAUCUUCAAGUUUUACGAGUCAAAAUAUGCCACUUGCCUUACAUUACUGAAUGAAAUUAAGGACAACCUCCUGCUGGACCUCUACCUAGCACCGCAUGUCAGUACGCUGUACACACAAAUCAGAAACAGGGCUCUCAUACAGUACUUCAGCCCAUACCUGUCUGCAGACAUGAACAAAAUGGCAUCUGCCUUCAACACGACAGUGAUUGAUCUGGAGGACGAACUCAUGCAGCUCAUCUUGGAUGGGCAGAUCCAGGCACGCAUAGACUCUCACAACAAGAUACUUUAUGCGAAGGACAUAGAUCAGCGAAGCACAACGUUUGAACGGGCAUUAGCUAUGGGAAAGGAGUACAACAGGCGGACGGCAGCUCUCAUAUUGAGGUCUGCAAUGUUGAAAAACCACAUACAUGUCAAGAGUCUUCCCAGGGACGGUUCCCAGGGGGCCGACAUCAGCAUGACAUCGUGUAACUGUACAACGCCACGUAACUAGCUGCAAAACUAGAAAGAGAAUUGUCGUCUAAUUUAACGCAUUAACCCCAUCAAAGACAUCUUGGAUUUGGAUCGGGUCGUCGUGGCAACGUCCACACGGUGCAGUGCUCGUGAGUGCCAUGUCUUCUGCAUUCAACAUUUAUCUCGCUCAUUUGCGGAUCUACGUGCUGGAAGUGUCCCGUGUCUCAAACUGUGUGCAUUUUGUUUGACUUUACGGGUGAGUUUGGGAUAUUUGAGUUUGCGGAGUGUGCGUUAAUUUACUUCUGGCACGACCCUGUUCAGUUAGUAAAUUGGCUGCGUUUAAGCGUGUUGAUUUGUUGUGCACUAGUGAUGAGUAAAGUGUACCGUGCCACUUGAUAACUGACUCAGUUGAGAUUGGUGAUUAAAGUGACACAUUUUUCCAAC